AAAAAAAAAAUGGUUUACAAAAUGUCAGGGGUGUGCCAUAUUCAGAGAAGGUGUCUGAGAAAGUGAAGGCGGAGUCUAGCUGCGGAUCUGUUGAAGACAGAAAUUAUCAACUGCAUUACUUCACAUCACAACUCUCUGUCAGGAACAGCUGGUUAUAUUCAUUCUGGAUGUAGACUACUUUUAAAGUACCCAUUUUCUUUGAUGUUUUUUUCUUCUCAUUAUUACAUCUCAAAACGUAUAAUUUUUUUUUUAUCUUGGCUGUAUUAAUUAUGAUUUAAAAUGAAUGUGUUUUAAUAUACAGCGCACAGCUCAGCAUUGAGGCGUUAUGGCUCAAAUGUUGCUGUUCUUUUACCUGCAAGAGAUGCAGAUAAAUUCAUUUGGAUAGGUAUUAACUGCGAAGCAAAGUGGGAAGUCAUCAGAACCAACAAACAGACAUGGAGACAUUUACAAUUCAAGAUAUGCUCGUUAAUUCCACUGAUAUUUAUAAAAUAUUAUGUGGGCUUGGAAUCGGGAAUUUGUCGGAGUGCAAAAACGAGAGCACCCCCAGCCCGUCUGAACCAAAAGAUAUGAACCAGACGGUGCGGAUCGUGCUUUAUGCGCUGAUCUUCAUCCUGAGCUUCCUCGGGAACAGCCUCAUCAUCGCUGUUCUGCUGAGGAACCGGCGCAUGCGGACGGUGACCAAUCUGUUCCUGCUGUCUCUGGCCGUCAGUGACCUGAUGCUCUGUGUUUUUUGUAUGCCAUUCACCCUCAUCCCAAACCUUAUGAAGGACUUUAUCUUCGGCAGUGGCAUGUGCAAAGUGGCAACCUACUUCAUGGGUAUUUCGGUGAGCGUAUCCACAUUGAACCUCGUGGCCAUUUCUCUGGAGCGCUACAGUGCCAUCUGCAACCCGUUGAAAUCCCGUGCCUGGCAGACUAAGUCUCACGCUGUAAAAGUCAUCUCUGCCACCUGGGUGGUGUCGUUUCUGCUCAUGCUGCCUUAUCCCAUAGGCAGCACCCUUGUGCCUUUCAUACGCAGUAACAACAGCACUGGCAACAUGUGCCGCUUGGUUUGGCCCAGUGAUGUCAUGCAGACCUGGUAUAUUUUCCUGUUGCUGACACUCUUUCUUGUGCCUGGGAUCAUAAUGAUGACAGCUUAUGGCCUCACCUCACUUGAACUCUACAGGGGAAUCAGAUUUGAAAUGACUAACAGGAAGUCAAACAGAGAGAAAGAAUACGGCACUUCCAGUCUGAAAAAUGGUGACAGCGAUGGCUGCUACUUCCAACCAUCUAAGAAGAAGCGCAGCGAGCCGGUGAUGCCCAGCCACCCCAAAUCCAAACUGAGAAGAGUUUGCAGCAACAGCCCCACAGCAAACCUCAUGGCCAAGAAGCGGGUCAUUCGCAUGCUACUGGUAAUCGUGGGGCUGUUCUUCCUCUGCUGGACGCCUGUCUUCGUGGUUAAUGCCUGGCGAGCUUUUGACAGACGCUCAGCAGACAGUCUCCUAUCAGGAGCGCCAAUAUCCUUUAUCCACCUGCUGUCCUACACCUCCGCCUGCGUCAACCCCAUAGUUUACUGCUUUAUGAACAAACGCUUCAGACAAGGCAUUCUGUCCACAUUCUCGUGCUGUAGGGGUGAUGUGGAUGAGUUCAGCAGAAGCAGCACCCGGCGCAGUGCCAGAGGAGCUGGAGGUUUGGGAACGCUGUUUAAAGGAGCUGGACAGACUGAUGGUAAUACGCAGACCUCAGGAACACUUACCAAGCUCACCGACACCAGUGUCCGUGGUUCAGCACAAGCAUAGAUGACAGUGUGAAAUAUGAAGGGUAAGAACCCAACACCAAGUUUAUCUCGGGUGAAGGCUGAGGAGUUUGAUACCAUUGGUAUAUAGUAAAAUGAAUGAUAAGUUCUCUGGCUGCUAUGUGAAGGGAGACUUGUUUUACUGGUGAUGAAUGAGAUCACGAACACACAGACAAAUAGCUGUGAAACUGACUGAAUUUAGUGCUUCGUUUAGUACGUUACAACAUUAAAUAAACAGCGGCAGCAAAUGGAACAAGACUGUUGCGUGCAGGUCUCAUCACGGCUUUAACUUAUAAAUGUUGGGCUUCACAUAUGGCAAGACUGAAUAAGCCCUAAACAUGAUUUGUUCCUUUGGUUUUCUGACUCAGUUAGAAAGUUAAGUGUUGCAUUGCUUUUCUUUUUUGGUAUUUUUCAUUUUUGUGUGUGUCAAAGCAAUUGUUUUAAUAUAUAUAUAUACACAUUCACCAGCCAUUUUAUUAGGAACACCAUCUAGUACCCGGAGUGGUCUUCUGCUGCUGUAGGCCAUCCGCC